GCGAGGCUCCGCGCGAGGCCGCUGCCGGUGUGGAACUGGGACUACCGGUACAUGCGGUAUCCAGAGCGCGGGUGGCACUUUCGGCAUCCCGACGACGUCUCUCUGCAAACCUACCGAGGGCACCGCGUGGAGAUGACGCUCAUACGCGCGUACUUUUCCCCCGCGGCGACGACCGGGCAGCGGUACGUGUACGCCGGCGGCGCGGGCGGGAAGGUGCUCGUGUGGGACGUCCUCACCGGCGAGAUCUCGGACGGAAGGCGACGCGGCGCGCGAACGAUUCGAGACUGCUCGUGGCAUCCC